AUGACACCACCUGGAAGGCUCUACCUCCUGCGGGUGUGCAGCGCCCCCCUCCUCCUCCUCCUUCUGGGGCUGCUGCUGGCCCUGCCGCCUGAGGCCCAGGGGCUUCCUGGUGUUGGCAUCUCACCCUCAGCUGCCCGGACUACCUAUCAGCACCCUCAGAAGCACUUCGCACAAGGCACCCUCAAACCUGCUGCUCAUCUUAUUGGAGACCCCAGCACCCAGAACUCACUGCGCUGGAGAGCAAACACAGAUCGUGCCUUCCUCCGCCAUGGCUUCUCCUUGAGCAACAAUUCCCUCCUGGUCCCCACCAGUGGCCUCUACUUUGUCUACUCUCAGGUGGUCUUCUCUGGGGAAGGCUGCUUCCCCAAGGCCACCCCGACCCCUCUCUACCUGGCCCAUGAGGUCCAGCUCUUCUCCUCUCAGUACCCCUUCCACGUGCCUCUCCUCAGUGCUCAGAAGUCCGUGUGCCCAGGGCCACAGGGACCUUGGGUGCGCUCUGUGUACCAGGGAGCUGUGUUCCUGCUCACCCAGGGAGAUCAGCUAUCCACUCACACAGAUGGCAUCUCCCACCUACUCCUCAGCCCCAGUAGUGUCUUCUUUGGAGCGUUUGCUCUGUAG